AUGGUCAAGCGGUAUCCAGUGACCAUCCCGGCUUCAGUGCGAGUCGGCGCGUUUCAAAGGUCGUGUCAAGCGGCAAUUCUCCUUGGCUACGCUUGCCAUUGGGAGGUGGCCAGCGCCGAGCAGGAAGAGCCUCCAAGCGUGUACUCAUUUGUGCAAUUGGAGACAGCCACACGCAACCUCUGCGAAGCUCUCAUCACGCGAUCCGAGACAUGGGGCGAGAACCUCAACACUUACGCCCUUUGCGCAAGUAGUCUCUUCUGCCUUCUCUUUUACUCCUUCAUGUAUUCGGCCAACCAUCCGGACGCGCCGGCGCGCGACCCCGAGACAGACAUGGAAAUGAAGAAAGCCGUCGCUGGCAUCAAUUUCACCAUUGGCCUGGUCAUCGAUGGCUCGAGAGGCAUUUUCAACGCGUACACCAACCAGGAUGAGGUCUUGGAGCAUUGUGCGCCGGUGUGGCCUUAUGCACAGUACCAUACGAUGCAACUUCUGUUCCAUUACGAAGCCUUGCUGGACGAUGGGCCAGGCCAACUAGCAGAAGUCAGGCAGAGUGUGGAGAACACGGCAAGGAGAUGGGGCUGUUGCCGCUGGCUGCUGGAGGAGUUUGAUAGAGUCCAGGCUGCUAGAAGCGGCGGAGCCACGAUGUGCAGAAAGUGA